ACGUACUAAAACAAAUGACAGUACAGUACUUGCCCAUAGAGAAACCAUACUUGAUCAUAGGGAAUCAUUGGAGAAUCGUCGCUAUGGGGAAGUAUUCUCCAAUGAUUCUCUAUGGGCAAAUAUUCCCCAUGAUUUUCUAUGGGAAGUGUUCCUCAAUGCUUUCCUAUGGGAAGUAUGCUCCAGUGCAAGUACUGUACAGUCAUUUGUUUAGACGCGGGGAGCGCAAGGGAAGGGAGGGGGGAAGUCCCUCCCGCUCGCUCGCUCGCUCGCGCAUGCGCUCACAGAAGACCAGGCUACAGUUGAAUUCGGUUGAGAGCCUGAAAGUCCGUUAAACGGCCGCCCGGCAAGCUCGCGCCCUUUUGCGCACGGCACGCAACCGGCCUCUUUUCCCGCCCUUUUCCCCCUCUUCUCGAGGCCGUCGCGCGCCUCAAGUAAUAAUAAUCAUAACACAGAGAGAAAGCGCGCUUGGGGACAGAUUUCAUAUCUCUACUGGCAGGUUAUUCCAAAGCAGAUGAAAAAGUCCUCUGGGAAACCAUUUCCAGUCUAAUCCUGGCUGGUUGGAGUAAACAUUUCCCUGAGGAGCUGAAUGUACAGGAUGGAUUGUAAAGGAGAAGGCAACACUUUAGAUUGAGAAGAUGGAACAGGAUAAAUUGUUCAAAUUUAAAUUGUUUGUACCACCAAAACUGAAUAAUGCCCAGGUAUCUGCAGUCAAACCACAAACGCAUACACGAGAUGAAGAAUUCUAUCAGAAUUUUAACAAGAACACGAAAGAUGAUUAUAACUUGCCAUUUGGGAUGAAUAGUGCUUCAAAACAUAUAGAUGCCACAGGACCAGUUUCACAGAAAAUAAAACUUGUGCCUGAGAUUGAUCAAGAGAACAUGGAGACAGUAAAUGAGCUUUAUUCAAGACUUUACAAAGAAGCUGAAAAGAUAAAGAGAUGGAAAAUCACUGUAGAAUAUGAACUCAAGGAAAAGGAAAGAAAAUUUCAAGAAAACAGAAAGAUUAUAGAAGCCUUACACAAAGCCAUCCAGGAGUUACAGUUUGAAAAUGAAAAGCUAAGCCUAAAACUAGAAGACGAAAUACAUGAAAAUAAAGAUCUUUUAAAAGAAAACAAUACUACAAGACAUUUGUGUGACUUGCUCAAAGAAAAGUUUAUGCAAUCAGUGGAGAAGUCCAACAAAUAUGAACAAGAACGAGAAGAAACCAGACAGAUGUAUGUGGAUCUUAACAAUAACAUUGAGAGAAUGAUACAGGCCUUCGAGGAACUUCGUGUACAAGCAGAGAACUCCAGACUGGAAAUGUAUUUUAAAUUAAAAGAAGAAGCAGAAAAAAUGGCACAGCUUGACAAAGAACACAGAAGAGAGAUGAAUGCCAUGGAAAAGCAGGUAUCAUUAUUGACAAUGCAAAAUGGAGAAAAAGAUGAUAAAAUGAAACACUUAAGCAUUCAUUUACAGGAAUCAAGAGAGCUAAUUGCUGAGUUAGAAGAAGUACGAAAACAACAAGAUGAGAUACUGAAAGAGUCACAAAGCAAAAAACAGAGCUUGUUGACAGAACUGGAAGAAGCUAAAAGUUCUUUGCAAAAGACAGAGGAUACUUUAAGGAGUUUAGAAACUGAGUUGCAAGCUGCAGUGAAAACAUUAAUUCAAGCCACUGAACAGAAAGAAGUGACAAUAGAAGAGCUUAAACAAACUAAAAUUCUUCAUGCAUCAGAUAUUAAUGAACUUCAGAGUAAAGUUUUUAAUUUGAAGGAACUGCUAGAGAAAGAACAAAAGAGGCAGAAGGAAUUAAAUGAUGCAUCAGAUACAUUGUUUUUGGAACUUCAGAAGAAAUCAAAUGAACUAGAAUUGGUGGUGAAACUGAAAAAUGAUAGAGAAAAACAGGUUGAAGAAAUGGCAAGAGCAUUGGAAAGUUCAAAUGAAGUUCAAAAAGAUUUGAAGCAUCAAUUAGAAUGUGCACAAUCUGAAUGUAUUCUCUUAAUGAAAGAAAAAGAAAGUAGAAAUUCUAAUGACUCCAUCAUGAAGGUGCAACUCCAAGAGCUUUUAGAUGGAAAACAAGUUCUUGAGAAGACCUUUGAGAAAUUACAAAAAAGAGAAAAAGAACAAAGGGAUAUUGUUCAGAUCAGAGAGAAAGAAAUACAUGAUUUGGAAAUGCAGUUAUCUGGUGCAUAUGAAAAUAAUGAAAAUUGCUUACAACAACUUAGAACAGUGAAAGCAGAACUUGAAAAAGAAACAUUAAAGAACAAGCAACUAAAUAUGGAUUGGGACAAUCUCUUGAUGGACAAAGAAAACAUUACAACAGAAAAUAAUAAUCUGCUUAAUGAGCUUCGAAAGCUUCAAGAAGCUCUUAAGGAUCAGAAAAAAAUGAGAGAAAACGCUGAAAAGCAAACAGAAAACCUGAAAAAAACUAACAACCACUUAAGCAGUGAAUUGGAGUGUCUGAAAGAGGAAAUGAAGAAAAAUAAUGAAGAAGCAAAAAAUAAACUUGAUGAAACUGGAGAAAAUGUUAGAAACAUUGAAAAUGAACUUUCAAAAAAGGAAAAACAACUGAAAGCAUCAGAAAGCAAGAUUAAUAGUUUAAAGAAGCAGUUUGAAAACAAAGUGAAGACUGUUGAAGAACUACAACAAGAAAAUAAGAUUUUGCGAAAGAAAGUUACAACAGAAAGCAAGCAAUCCAGUAUUAAUGAAGGAAAGGUGAUCAAAUUACAGCUGGAACUUGAAAAUACAAACAAAUUGCAUAAAGAAGCAAUUGAUAGCUACAAAAAUGAAACUGAGAUAGCUAAGGCAGCUGAAGCAGAACUUCACAAAAAGCUAGAAGCAAUGAAAUUGGUAGCUGAUGAAGCAGUGAAAAUUCAGAAAGAAACAGACAUUCGAUGUCAGCACAAAAUCACUGAAAUGGUGGCACUUAUGGAAAAGCAUAAGCGCCAAUAUGAUAAAACAGUUGAAGAAAAAGAUACAGAAUUAGAAUACUAUAAGACAAAAGAACAAGAACUAACAUCAGCAAUAGAAUUAUUGGAGAGAGAGCUUUCCUGUAAGAAAAAUGAACUUUCUUCACUUCAAGAGCAGCUUAAAAUUGAAAUAGAAGAGAAGGAACAUCUAGCAAAAGAAAGAAAUAAAGAUGAUAUUUCUAAAAAAGAGAAAAUGCAUAAGAAUACACAAACACACAUUUUGGAGACACCUAAGACCAAUUUAAAAUCUCCACCACUUCAUUCCAAAAACAAUGCAUCCCAGAAUUACAUAGCUACUAAUGUGAAUAAGAUGGAAUACACAGAGAAGGCUUCAUGGACUCCAGCAAAGAUUUACACUGUGAGAACACCUCCAAAAUCUAAAUUGCAAAGAGAAAGCACCAAUCUACACUCAGAAGAAGGAAAAAAGAAAAAGAGAAAAGUUAUUUUAGAAAUGGAUACACGGUCAGAUAGCUCUGAGAACAAUGACCUUCUGAGUCUUGUGUCAAAAGAAGAAAAGUUUAAGCAACUGUAUAAAGAUCCACCAGUUCCUCAUGUCAUGACACCAAAUGUUAUGACACCAAAAAAGUUUUGUAUGCAGAAUCAAACUCCGUCCACACUCAAAACUCCUGGAUCCUCAGUGAACCUUGCUUCUGUAAGAAAGAUGCAAGAGGCUGGAUGGUCUGCAAUCUCCAAAAUGGACAGAAGAAAUAAAAUGAAAGAAGCUGGAAAACUCUUUUCAUAAACUAAAAAGUUAGUACUGUUAAGUAACUAAUGGUUUUGCUUAUUACUUUAUUUAAAUCAACAUUACCUUUGUUAUAUGAUAUUAUAAUAACGUUUUUACACUAGCAUAUUCUGAUUAAAUUGAAAAGACUGAGUACUUAAGGUAUUAAAAAAAAGUUUCUCAAGAGCUUAUAGCAUGAUCCAUCAUCCUUUCCAGAUACAGCUGCAUAUGUGGGGAAAAGUCAGGUUCAGUAAAGCCCUCUUUCCUCCCUUCUGGGUUCUAGCAUACUAGUAAUUUGUACACAGGAUCCUGGGGAGAAUAAUGAUGCAUGAAAAGGUUUAUGUAGGACUAUAGUGAAAAUGAAGGCUUGUACACCAGUAUGUGUCCCAUAGCAGAUGAGCACUGGAGGAAUAAGGAAGGAGGGCUCCAGUGAACUCCAUGUCAAUAUUUUCAGCUGCAAUAUAUGUUAAUAUAAGCAGGUAAAAGUCUGAGAGCUUUUUUACAGUUAGGAAAAUUAGUUUCAUUAAAAUAUGGAUAAGAAACAUUUAUUUUAUUAAAUUAAGUACAGUAUUUUAAUCAGUCUUUAUUGUUACAACCAUAACAUAAUAAUAAUUACUACAAAGCAAAAUGUUCACAAUAGCAAAGAGAUCUAAUUAAGCUGAUUGAAUUAACAUGUCAUAAGUUAGUACUAUGGCCUAUUCUCAGUAUGAAUGAAGCUGGAUCCAGCCCAGUAUUGUCGUGAAGCAAUCAAACUGAGUACCAUUCAUCAUUAAGUUGCAAAGAAUUGUUAGCUAGUCCUAUAUGUGUUGUAAAUGGUUCUAUGUUUUAAUAAACUUCUUCAUUAAUUCUG